AUGAGUCCCAGGUCUGAAGCGAGACAGCUCCCUUUCCGCUGCCUCGCUCCCCCUUCAACGCAGGAUAUAUUAAGAACGGCGCGGAGCCUUCCCGUCUUCACCGGCCGGCCGUGACAGCCCGAGCAUCUCGACAGGCUGCGCCUGUGGGCCGGGGGCGGCUGCGGCCGUGCCUCGGAGGGAGGAUUCCUACGACCCUUGGUGCGCGUGCCAGCACAUAUGGAGAGAUUUGGGCAGAAAGGAUGGCAGAGGAUGAAUUACGAGCACACACGGAAGCAGCCUCUGUGGCUGUCUGUGGAUGUGUAAAUUCAGAUGAUGGAAAGGCAAAACAAAAGAAAACCCGAACUCCCUGAAAGUAGAAAACUAGCACAACAGAUUUUUUUGAACAAAAAGAGAUGUUUACUACGCUGUCCUGCCAGCCCUGGAAACAAACAGUGUGUGGAGAUCUGUUCAAAUUGACGAGUUGGGCAAGUCACACUUUUUCUUCUGAAACAGAACAUUUGGUAAGAAUUGUUUCCUGAGAGCCAUAGGUUUCCGUGUGCUAUACAAAAUGGCAGCCAUCGUCACUUUUGUCUUUCUUCUUUUGAGCAUUGCAAUUAUUGUUACUAUUACUCUUGUCCAGUUGAAUCAGAAGGCAGUAAUUUCUCCAGGUCUGAAGUAUGGAAUAGUGCUUGAUGCUGGUUCAUCUCGAACAACAGUGUAUGUCUAUGAAUGGCCAGCAGAAAAGGAAAAUAAUACCGGAGUAGUAAGACAGACCUUCAAAUGCAAUGUAAAAGGUCCUGGAAUAUCCAGCUAUGGAAGUAACCCUCAAGAAAUAUCUAAGCCCAUCGAUGACUGUAUGAAUAAAGUCAAAGAGAAAAUACCUUUUCACUUACAUAGAAGCACGCCUGUCUACCUGGGAGCCACAGCUGGCAUGAGACUUCUGAGGUUGCAAAAUGAAUCAGCAGCCAAUGAAGUCCUUGAGAGCAUUCAAAACUACUUCACAUCUCAGCCCUUUGAAUUUAGGGGUGCUCAAAUCAUAACUGGGCAAGAGGAAGGGGUAUAUGGAUGGAUUACAGCCAACUAUUUAAAGGACAAUUUCUUGGAGAAAGACAUUUGGAGUGCUUGGGUCCAUCCGCAUGGAGCACAGACUACAGGUGCACUUGAUCUAGGAGGGGCCUCUACCCAAAUAUCAUUCAUCCCCGAGGAAACAACUGAAACAUUGAAUAACACAUUACAGGUGCAUCUGUAUGGUUAUUCAUACAGUGUGUAUACUCACAGCUUCCCAUGUUAUGGGAGAGAGGAAGCAGAGAAGAAACUGUUAGCAUCAAUUCUAAAGAACUCAAAUGAUAAAUCCCGAAUUGAAAAUCCAUGCUACCCUCAGAAUUACAAGACCAUUAUAACAACAAAGCACUUGUAUGGAAGCCUCUGUACAGCAAACAAAAGGCCAGAGAACCACAAUCUAAGCCACACUAUCAGUGUCACGGGAACUGGGGACCCAGCGCUCUGCAGAGAGGCAGUCUCUGGGUUAUUUGACUUCACAUCUUGCAGAGACAAGGAAGACUGCUCCUUUAAUGGAAUCUACCAGCCAAAAGUUAAAGGAAACUUUGUGGCUUUUUCUGGAUUCUACUACACAGUCAAUGCUUUGAAUUUAACUGGACAAUUUUCAUUGGCCGAUUUUAAUUCCAGCAUGUGGACUUUCUGCUCACAGAACUGGAACCAGCUUCCAUUUAUGCUGCCUAAAUUUGAGGAGACAUAUGCAAGAUCAUACUGCUUUUCAGCAAACUAUAUUUAUUACUUGCUUAUACAUGGAUAUAAGUUCAAUGCAGAGAAUUGGCCUCUAAUACACUUUCAGAAGGAGGUUGGUAACAGCAGCAUAGCCUGGCCAUUAGGCUACAUGCUUAGCCUCACCAACAUGAUUCCUGCGGAGACUGACAAGAUCUUGUUCCCCAUGAAUCCCAAUCUAUUUGCUGGACUGCUUCUCUUUUUCACAGCAGUGGCGUUACUGUGUCUAAUCUUCCUUGUGUAUUCCUGUGUUGUGUCACGCAUGAGAAAGAAUGCCUGUCAUGUUGAACAUGUAUUUGUGGAAUAAAAAAAGAUCAUCAGGGGAGAUCUAA